GAAAGUACGCCCAUUCAAAGUAUGAAUAACAGCAAGAAGAAGGAUGAAAAUCUUAGCUUCUUCGGGGGCAAGGUAUUCAUUUGCACCUUAGGAACCACCUUAACAUACAGUUCAAAUGACCAAUGAAAUGGGUCGUAAAGAAACGCGCUACUUACAUACUGUAAACGGUGAUUCAAUGGCCCAGCAACAUCUGAAAAUGCGCCCCGUGCUACUGAAAAGAAACAGUCUGGAUUCAGCUGACUUCAUGAGACAGCCGCAGCACCGCAGGACCAAAUCUCAGCAAGUUCGAUUCAAGGAUGAUGGUGUGAACACAAAGGCAGAACUGGACACUAAUCCUGCCCAAGAUACAGCGUUCACAACUGGAGCAACAGAAAUAUUUAGGGAUCACGAUUUUUUGUUACAUCAAUCUCCACCCUUUCCAAGGGCUCAGAAGGGGCUUCGGAAUAUUGCCAUACAAACAUCUCCUAGCCUCAGGAAACACUUCCCAGUUUUCAAAAAGAAAAAGCUGACACUAAGCAAGUCAUUAACAGAAAUGCCGACUGAGCCUGCAAAUUCUAUCCAAGUAAAUGGCAAUCUUUCGGAGGAAGAUAUGUCUUCAGAUCUCUGCUACUUAAGAAUAACUAAUCAUUUGGAAGAUGGACUUAGGAAUAGUGAGGUAGAUCAUCAGUUAAGUCAAACGCCAUCAAAAGCACAGAGCAAUGGACCUAUCCACUCAGAUGAUUUCUCAGUAUCAGAGAAGACAACUGCUUCUACACAGGUGCCUGAAUACAUACAUGUGAGCUUUCCACAAGACAGUAAUGUUUCCAUGGAUGCACCAGAUGCAGCCAUGAACUUAAGUAAUUCACUGCAUUUCUCUACUGUCAUAAACAGCAAUGAAAGCAAUGAAACCAGCACACUGUCAUCCAGUUCUGAAAGAGCAUAUCCCUGCCUAAGCAAGUCUAACUGCAGUGAAAGGAAUCUUCAUUCUGACUCUGCUGAAGCAGAUAAAAGUGAUUCUGAGUCACUUUUAGCUAGCAAAGAUUCAAGCAGUAAGGAAACUACUCCAUUAUCACCUCCACCAAACCACAGUUCAUCUCCUUGUUUCCUCAGAGACUAUCAAGAGGCAGGAGAGCACAAAGCAGAUUCCUCCUGUGUGACAUUAACAAACGAUGAUCACACAACGAUGUCAUUGACCAGCAUUAAUGCAUCAAAACCUAUUCUGUCAUGUAAUACCGAAAUCAAGAAAACCUGUACCCAGUCAGAUGUUUCCCAGUGUAACAGCUGUUUAGAAGGAUUUCACAUAAAGUCUGAUCUGCCAAGGAAUGAAAUAAAACCACAAACUGACAAAGAGAUUAGUGAAAUAAAUCAAAUUCAUUUGGCAGAUGGCGAACUCUGUGCCCUACAAGGCAGGCUGCAGUCUGUAGAAGAAUCCUUGCAGUCAAACCAGGAGAAGAUUAAAGUCCUUUUGAAUGUAAUCCAAGACCUGGAAAAAUCCAGAGCCCUCAGUGAAGGGCGUAACUUCUAUCAUACUGGUCAAGACAUCAACAACUGCAGCACCUGCCAGAACACCGCAUGUAUCAUUUACAGCGUAGAAUAUGACUUCAGGCAACAAGAAGGAAGGUUUCAUCAGAUUCUGAAAAUGCUGGAUCAUGCAGAGCAAAAUCCAGCCCCAGCUUCACCUCAGAAGCUACCAUCUGAUCAUCCAGCACCCGAGAAAAAGGAGUUAAGAAGAAAGACAAAAAAGGUGAAAAGAAAAUGCUUCUGGUGGAUUUGACUUCCUUCUGGAUCCUUUUACAUGUCAAAAGCCUCUGCAACAGGGAGAGGUUUGAGAGCACACACCUGACAAUGUGCUAGUACAAAAAUCAC